AUGUCUUGCAGCCUUUGUCGCCUUCCUUUUACGCCCAGCUGGAUAUCUGUAGACCCUCAUCCGCCACCUGAGGGUAUCUUGACAAAGGCUCAGGAAAAAUAUAUGGUUAAGGCCGUGAUUUGGGGCACGUUCGUUCCGGGAUUGCUCAGGCAUGAUGAAUAUGCCGACAACAACAUGUUCAGCAAUGUCGGAAAACACCCCGUAUCCAUGGUCAUGACCUGGCAGUGCCCAUCCCCACCGUGUACCGUCAUGGCCUUCCACACAACAUGCGCAGCAUUCUUGCGUAAAGCCCUCAACGCCGACUCCUGGAGCAAAGAAUCUCUCACCCGCCUCUGCGAGAUGGAGCCCGUGUUGGGGAUGCCACAAACGGGAACCCUAUCUGGUCGAUACAGGGAGCUCGACUAUGAGAACCUUGGUACUGAUUGUGGACGUGAUUCGCACGUCGAUAUUGAGCAAUUUUGGGUCCCGGGUAAGAGCGAGUCCGGGCUAGACUGUGGAUUUAUGUGGCAAGAUAUCAAGAACAGCGAGCUCGCUUGGACGUUGAACAGGCCCGACGUCUUCCCAAAGUUCUUCACCGAAGUCAGCGAGAAACGUCUCUCUUCUGUCGGGGACCCUCAUCCCCAGACCGAUCUCCUCACAACUCAACCAGUCGACAUUAUACACGCUCUCUUACCCCACCUCUCAAUCUCAGACUACCUGGCUCUCACCUCCACCUGCCGCUAUCUCCGCCGUCUCGCGUUGACGACCUUUCAACCACACGCCCGCAAGCUCGUUCUCUCACUGGGUUGGGCCAUGCCCCUUCGCCAGGAAUAUGCCAUCGCCAUCAAGAGUCAGGCUAAUAAAAAGACUCCCGGCAGUGUCGUAGCCCACGAGAAACACUCCCCUCAAGACGCGGAUUGGUUGCUUUAUCUGAGCCAUGUGCAUAGGACGGGCAGCAUGCGCGCUAGGAGGUGGAAGUGGGUCCUUGCGCAAAAGCUGGCAAGUCUGUACGAGGAGAAGAGAAAGGAUAUAAUUUUUGAAGGCGGGAACGAAGAGGCGGGGGUGAGAAGUGCAAAAGGGAGGGAGGUCUAUGGCAAGGUAGCCCAAAUGUGGCCCAUGGCGAGUAUGUUGAAGGAUGUCGAGGAGACGUUGUAA